AUGUUUAUCCUAAUAGAUAUUGCAUCAAGCAUACUAACAACAAUUAUACCAUUUUUAUUAACUAUCAAGUCAUUGGAUUCAUCUAUUCAAUUGCUGUCAGAUACAUAUAGAUGCUUAUUAAAUUAUUGGCUAUAUUAUGUUAUACUACAAUUUAUACAAUAUAAUUUGCUUACGAAUGUAAUAAGUACAUUAAUAUGCUCAGCUGUUAAGGUAUGGUUAUUCUACAGCAAUGAUAAUACCAUCGGCUUAUUAAAUAAUGUCAUAAUUACAAGAAUAUUCUUGGAUAUAGAAAAUUUCAAAUCAUACGAAGAAAAAUAUUUACUACCAAUAUUUCGUAGCAUUAGACUCAAUUCAUUGACACAACAAUUGGAUCAAUUGGGUAGUAUAUAUGCUAAGCCUGCUAAUUAUCAACUCAGAUAUGAAGGUAAUCUCAUUGCCACAAUCUUGGAGUAUUCACUCAAUUUAGUAUCCAUGUUCACCUCGAUUGUAAAUAAUGUGAUCUUAGCACCACCACGCAAGCAACAGAGCCAAGAAAUUAAUUCACAAAAAAUAAGAUCAAAAACCAAAACAUCAAAACCAAGAAGAAGAGGUGCAUCGUUUUCAAGAUCUGUAUCUUCCCAAGAAGAAUCUGUUCCAUAUCCAAUUGAUGAUCAAUUUCAACCUAGGAGUGUUUCUGAUCCCGAAAUGAAGAGAAGAGCUCUUUCUAGUGGUGAAUAUGAUUUGGAUAGUUCAAUAUGGACAUUCAGGCAAGAUCAUGCAAAUUAUUCAACAAGCCCCGCCCCAAGUAUCAGAUCCGAGGGGCUGAAUGGCACAACCCAUCAUAGAACUUCAAAUCAUGGUCAUUUUCAUGACUCAAGGCCAAGGCGGGAUCAUGUAAGAGUCGAAGAUAUUAAAGUUUCUGCCGCGGCAAUUGAUAAAAUCAGGUAUAAGUUGUCAUCAAGGAGAAGAAAUGAAUUACCUGCUGCGCCAACUCCAUUAGAUAGAAGUUUAUAG